CUGAAAACCCGUCAACCACUACGACAACACCGUAUACUGGGUCAGUAAUCACAAAUUCAGAAGCAUCUUCAACUGAAAGCCCGUCAACCACUACGACAACAGCGUAUACUGGGUCAGUAAUCACGGAUUCAGAACCGCCUUCGACUGGAACUCCUUCACGAAGUACAGGAUCGACGGGAACUAUAUCAGCUACAACAAUUAUCACGAGCACUGAUUCAACGACAACAACCAGCACAACUACAAGUUCUACAUCGGUUCAAACCUCAGACACAACGACAGGCAGCACUAGCACUGCUUCAACUACAACAACUACCUCGUCAACACCUGUAACAUUGACAACAACAACAACGACACCAAUACCGCCCGUUGCAGUUGGGUUCUCGGUAGCUCAGUCGAGUUUCGAAAUCACUCAUAUGUUCAACAUGGCUUCGUUUCCUAAUCCGGAUUGCACCAAUGUUUGUAGUGCUACGUGUGAAUCCGAUUUGAGGAAGUAUCUUAAUGAUUGUCUGAAACCAAAACUAAGUUACGUUGGUUGUAUACCUGAAACUUGUUUGGAGUCUCCAUGUAGAAUACGGUAUACUAUGUCGUAUGAUGGUUAUGGAAAUGUUGACCAGGGUGAUAUAUUACAUUAUUUAAAUUGCAGCACAAAGUGUGUUUUUACUAGUCCAACUGUUAUUUUGAAGCAGAAUGCCUCCUGUUCAGGUGGAAGUAUACUACAGUAUCAAAACGAUUGUAAAUAUUGUGGUGAUGGUAAUGGACAUCUAUGCGCUACAUUCGAUGAAUCGAAAUGUAUUAUAAGAAACGAUGACAUAAGUUAUGCUUGCCAUUCUCAACAAGGAUCACAAGUUCUUGGAACCGCACCUACAAGAAUAUUGAAUACUGAUUUGCCUCGAUCUCAUCCAAAUGAUUAUGUUUAUCAAGAACGUAUACCACAAUAUAAUACAUUUCCAUCACGUAAUCAAGCAUAUAAUCGAAGAAAUUUACCACCAAGUUAUUUUAACGAAACAGAUGAUCGUUUAGGUAUAUUACGUGAUUUAAUUAAUGAAUAUAAUCUCGAACGAGGAGCAAAUCCACGUGUUAAUAUAACACGUGAUGUUGAUGACGAUGAUGAAAUAUAUGUCUAG